ACAGCAAGACUCUCGCGUUACUGUGAUGUCAUAUAUCUGAUCAGCGUGAACACGCCUCUCAUCUCAAGCAGCAGCGCGUUCACGUAAUGCGCACUGGCGAGGGUCACUGCAGGUGUGACAGUUGUUGAUGAUGUAAUGUUGCUACGGAUGGCGGUGUGUGCCAGGCUCUGUGGAGUGGGUCAGUCGCGGCGGUGCAGGAGGCGGCAGAGGCACAGCCAGGCGAACCGGGAGAGCGACUCCGAGACUGAUAUGGACGACGACGAGGAGGAGAGGGUGGUGGUGGUGGGCAAAAUGAAAGACGACCCCGGCUGUCAUAAGACCUGCACUGCGGGGCCUAGCGGGGUCGGUUUCGAGGCCUCUGUAGGGCCGCCCCAUCCGCAGUCGCUGUUGGAUUUGCCCCCGGAGAUUUUAGUGGAGAUCUUUUCGUCUCUACCGGGCACGGCGCUGCCCAACCUGGCGCUAGUGUGCAAGAAAUUCAGGCAGAUCCUGAACACGGAAACAAUCUGGAGGAGGAGAUGUACCAAUGAAUUUGGUAUGAAUGAUGACCCACGGAAGAUGGAAAUUGUGGGUAUGUCGAGUCGAGAGCUUUAUGUUAAACGUGUGAACCCGAAGGUGAAGUCAGGGCGCUUUAUGAAGCUCCUCCCUGAUUAUGAGCACAUGGACUUUCGGGACGUGUACACACACUUGCUGCAUCCUUAUAGACACAUCCUUGGUCUCUGGCAGCCUGAUAUUGGCCCAUAUGGAGGAUUACUGAAUGUUGUGGUUGAUGGGUUAUUCAUCAUAGGCUGGAUGUAUCUACCACCCCACGAUCCCCGUGUGGAGGACCCGAUGCGCAGACGGCCUCUUUUCCGCAUCCACAUGUUGGAGAAAAACAAAGCCACGGUUGAAUGUAUGUACGGCCACAAAGGCCCUCAUAAAGGAGAUAUUCAGACUGUGAAAAAAGACGAGUUUUCCACCAAAUGCAACCAGACAGACCACCAUCGAAUGCCUGGAGGCAGACAAGAGGAGUUCAGAACAUGGUUGGAGGAGGAAUGGGGAAGAACACUGGAGGAUAUUUUCCAUGAGCACAUGCAGGAGUUGAUCCUCAUGAAGUUCAUCUACACCAGCCAAUAUGAUAAUUGCCUGACGUACCGGCGGAUUUAUUUGCCCCCGUACCUCCCUUCAGACCUCCUGCAGCCGGGCCUCUUUAAGGGGACGUAUGGAAGUCAUGGCCUGGAGAUUAUUAUGCUAAGCUUCCAUGGCUCCAAAGCCAAAGCUACAAAGCUUACUGGUGACCCCAAUGUCCCAGCAGGUCAGCUGACCUUAGAAAUAGACCUGAACCGGCCACUGCGUCUGCCGGACCUGGAGCACCAGAGGAACAUGGAUGAGCUCCAACAGCUCGUGAUGGGGGUGCAUGAGGAGGUCCAGAGGAGUUUGCAGGCCCAGGAUGUCCCAUCAGAGGGUGCAGAGGCGAGCCCUUCCCUGGGGGCGGAAAAUUCGGAGUCAGACCCCCCUGCUGGGCUGGAAACUGUCGAACCGGCGGCAGCCACCUGCAGUGCCACAUCUGAACCACAAUCGUUCGUGCUGCCUUUGGGAGUCAUAGCCCGCAAUGAAGUGUACCCACGAACCUGUAAGAUGUGUUUUUACGGAACCGGCCUGAUCGCCGGCCACGGCUUUACGAGCCCCGAACGCACACCUGGUUUGUUCGUCCUGUUUGACGACGACCGCUUCGGCUUCAUCUGGCUGGAGUUGAAAUCCUUCAGUAUGUACAGUCGCCUGACGGACCAGCUGUCUCACGCCCAGCCACCCUGCAUGGAGCGCUUUGAGGCCAUGCUCCGUAACAUGCAGUCAUGGACGUCCUGAUAGUCAACAACGCACGCAUUUAUUCAACUGUACCCAUCAGAUACACGAUUUACCAGAUACAACCCAAAAAAACAGCUGUCAGGGACACAAACAUAAUGCUUGCAUCUGCGUAGGUAUAUUUACAGCGACAUGCACAUACAGGUUGUAUAAUAUUAAGCCUUUCUUAUCAGCUUUUUAAUUAAUUUAUUUUUGUAACCUGAAAAUGGUACGCGAGAUACGUGAAAAUUCACCCACAUACUCUGGAAAAAGCUGAGUGUGCCUCUGAUUUUCACCCGAAAUCCUGUGGUUUCGUGAUUUGUAUUUAUUUUAGAUUAUGUCCCCAACAUGGCUAAGCAUCUUUUUAUUAAUGUAAUUUAUUUAUUUAGUUUUCCUGUGAACGUUAUUUUUGUAAAAUCCAAACUACAACUCACGAACAUUCAUGACAUGGAAGUGCACUUCCAAAAUGUUUGCGUGCUGACAGUACUGUGCAAUGUUUCACACAGCUUAAAGUAACCUCAAAAUAUUUACAUAUUUAAGUAUUUAAAAUAUUUGAAUAGGCGAUAACACCGACUGUAAAAUGAUGGAGGUCGGCAAGUCUCAAUACUGUUGUUUUUUUCUUGUUUUCAGUAGAAAUAUCUAAAAAUACAAUUUAAGUACAUUUUUGCUUUAAAUCAAGCAAAACAUUUUGCCAAUGGGACAAGAAGAAAAUCUUUAAAUACGUUGACUUUUUUUCUUAAACACUUAAUACAAAAAUAUUUUUUUUGCUUGUUUUAAGCACUAAUUCACUUAGGUUUUUAGACAAAAAAUGAUAAAAUUGAACUGAAUUUGUAUGGAAGCCCAUUUCCGCCAAAUAAGAAAAAAUUAUUAUGAGAUAAAAAGUCGAAAUUAUGAGAUAAAAAGUUCUUUUUAUCUCAUAAUUUUGACUUUUAAUCUCAUAAUUAUGACUUUUUAUCUUAUAAUUAUGACUUUAAAAGUCAUAAUUUCGACUUUAUAUCUCAUAAUUACGACUUAUCAGAGCAUGAUUUUUUUUCUUAUGUGGCGGAAAUGGGCUUCCAUAAAUUUGUGCUUAAAACAAGCAAAAAAAUUAUCUGCCAAUGGGGCAAGAAAAAAAUCCUUAAAUACGUUGACUUUUUUCUAAAAAAAAAUAAUACAAAAAAUAUUUUUGCUUGUUUGAAGCACCAAUUCACUUAGGUUUUUAGACAAUAAAUUAUAAAAUGUAACUGAAUUUGUGCUUAAAAAAUUUUUUUUGUAUUAAGUGUUUAAGAAAGAAGAACACUGCAAAAAAUGAUUGUCAAGAAAAAAAUCUUUGUAUUUUUGUCUUGUUUUCAGUAAAAAUAUCAAAAAAUUCUUAAAUUAAGAUUUGAAAAAAUUAAAAAAUACUAGAAAAUUUUUUUCUUGAUGAGCAAAACGACCCAAGAAAAUAAGUCUAGUUUUUAGACCAAAAAUCUGCCAAUGGGGUAAGCAAAAUUUUCUUGCAUUUUUCUUGUAUUUAGUGUUUAAGAAAAAUGUUCAAGAUUUUUUGCUUACCCCAAUGGCAGAUUUUUUUGCUUGUUUUAUGCACAAAAUCACUUACAUUUGAUAUUUUUGGUCUAAAAACUAGACUUAUUUUCUUGGGUCGUUUUGCUCAUCAAGAAAAAAGCAUCUUAAUUAAAGACAUUUUUGAUAUUUUUACUGAAAGCAAGACAAAAACACUAAGAAUUUGUUUUCUUGAAAAUCAUUUUUUGCAGUGUAAACUUAUUUAAAGAUUUUUUCUUACCCCAUUUUGAGAUUUUUUUUUUUGCUCGUUUUAAGCAUAUAUUCACUUUAAUUGUAUAUUUUUUUUGUCUAACAACUAGACAUAUUUUCUUAGGUCAUUAUGCUUAUCAAGAAAAUGCAUCCUAAUUAAAAAAAAUUAGAUAUUUCUACUGAAACAAGACAAAAACACCUAGUAAGAAAUACAUUUUAGCAGUUUUAAGCUUAAUUUCAGAAUGGUUUGCCUUACCAAACCAUUCCCUUCAGAUUUUUCAGUCCAUGACAUAGUUUUAUUUUUGAGUUCUGUUAAUUUGCAACACGAUUGAGUUGUCGCCACAUUUUACGCCUUUACUGUGUAACAAUCGUCUCAUUGUCACAGUGAUUUCAUUCAUCCAGCUGUGCAGCUCUCUUCCAAGUGCUCUUCCCUACGCAGUGUAGAUGUUCAUCCGAGGAAAAAAUCUACUUUUAUAUUCGACUGCAGCAUUACUUCAAACCAUCAACCAGUAUGAUGUAAAGUAAACGUAUACAUAUAAAUGCGUUGAAAUAUGUAAACAUUUAUGAUUUUUGUGUAUAUAUGAUUAUAAACUAAUUUAAGUAUAUGGCCUGGGUUAACAACCUCUAAAUGAGAAUUGUUUUAAGUGGAUUAUUCUCAUGGCUUUGGCUACGUUUACGUGGGCUGCUGUUGUAAAAGUACUGAUUUGAUUCAAAAUAAGACAAUAUGUCAUUUAAGUUGUUUACAUGGGCUGCUAAUUUAAAUAUUUAAUAUUUAUUAAAUGCCAAUUAAUAUUCGAAAAUGUCUAUGCCUGCUGACUAAAAGUCGACGUGAAAUUACAACGUGAAAAUUGUGACCCUAGACCACAAAACCAGUCAUAAGUCGCAUACAGGUAUAUUUGUAGCAAUAGCAAACAAUACACUGUAUGGGUCAAAAUUAUUUAGGAUAUUAAGUAAAGGUCAUGUUCCAUGAUGAUUUUUUGUACAUUUCCUACCUUAAAUAUAUCAAAAAAUGUGAUAAUAUUGUUGCUAAUGACUAAGCACCACCGUUUGAAGCACAUUUUAUUUUAUGCCACCUGUAACUUCUCAUGUAACAGUCUUUAAAUAGGAAAACAUGGAAGUGUUUGGUGGCUUCUAAAUUCAUCCCUGUUUGGAUCCUAAGGAAUGAAUGGGGCUAGGCUAAAUGCUAACACAUUCACAACGCGCUGUAUAAAGAAAAAGUGCACGCAUUUAAUAAAUAUAGGUAUGUAUUAAUUUGUCUAAGUUUAGGUAAGAACAUAGCAAAACAUUGAAAAAUUGUGGUGUUUUCCUUUAAUUUGGACAACUUUAAAAGGCGAUUUUCUCAAUAUUUAGAUUUUUUGCACUUUCAGAUUCGAGAUUUUGAAAUAGUUGUAUCACCAAAUAUUAUCCUAACAAACCAUAUAUCGCUGGAAAGCUUAUUCAUUCCGCUUUUGGAUGAAAAAUUGACCCUUAUGACUUGUUUUGUUGUCCAGGGUCAUUAUUGACCCUAUAUGGUUUUUUAAUACACAUGUUUAUUGUGUACAAGACAUAAGUGCAUACUGUUCCAAAGAUAUACGUUUUGUCUUCCAGAUGUUAUCAUUUUUAUUUGGCUGAUGUCACCACGGCCACAUAGCCCAUUGGUUAAUGUUAACAAAUAGCCAUGUAGCUACAUUACAUUACAGCCUUUCUAAAAUGAAGCAAAUGGUCAUUGCAGAAAUGUAAUGCUGGUUAAUGUAAUAAAGGUACAGCAAUAACAGCAACUAAGGUUCAAAUUGAUAUAGAUGUGCUAUUUAAUGUCAUAAAAUGUUUCUUGAGAAUGAAAUAUGGGUUACUAGUUUCAUGUCGACUUUUAGGUAGAAGUUUCCUAUUGUUAUUUAUUAUAUUCUUUCUCUCUGCCGCUACUGUGAUGUAGCCUUGAAACUUCAGUAAAACACUGUGCCCUGCACGUUCAUCUUGCAGUUUUGAGGUUUUUAAUUCCUUAAAUGGAAAGUCAGCUGUAUUAACUCCAUUAUAAAUUCCAUUCAAGAAGCAAGCGAUCGGUCAAGGGUGUUCACAAUGAUACAAAAUAAUUACACAAUAAUUCAAGAAUGUUUGAUGUUAAUUGGGAAAACGUACUAUGAAAAUGUUAUUGUCAAUUUGCUAUUAAGAAGAUUGUCAAUAGUUGGAUCAUUGUCGUCUGUGUAAAUUUGCCAGUUUUAACUUUGAGCGCCAAUUCAUGAUUAGUAUGCAGCCCGUUGCGUUCAAAUUCAGGGAGGUUUGCAGCUUUAGCUUUGGUUUGUUCUCAAUAAAAUGGAGGAAAAAUGUU